AUGUCGCAACCAACACAAGCCUCCCCCUCUGCCUGGGAAAAAAGCAAGACGCUCUCGAAAAAAGGCUUCGACAAGGCCUGGGGCGCUCUCGACAAGCUGGGCACGCCGGUCAACCAUCUAAGCAACAAACUGGGGUCCGAGGCCUUCUGGCCGAUGACGCUCGACAAGGAGAGCGAGAAGGCUGCGCGGAUCCUGCGCGGGUUCUGCAAGGACGGCGUGUACACGGACGUGCCGACGGAAGAGAUCGCCGCCGCCGCCGCAGAGGAAGAGCAGAAGGGAAAAGAGGCGAAGAACGGCAAACCGCGCGGCAAGCAGCACGUCGUGCAGAAGAUCCCGACGGAAGCGAUCCGGCGGGCGCGCGGCAUCGCCAUCUUCACGGCGAUGCGGUCGGGGCUGUGGUUCAGCGGCGCCGGUGGUAGCGGCGUGUUACUUGCAAAAAAUGCGCAGACGGGCGAAUGGAGCAGUCCGUCAGGCAUCCUGCUACACACUGCCGGAUUGGGGUUCCUGGCGGGGAUCGACAUCUACGACUGCGUGGUGGUCAUCAACACGGACGAGGCUCUCGAAGCCUUCAGUAAGCUGCGGUGCACGCUGGGCGGGGAGCUCACCGUCGCCGUCGGGCCUGUCGGGGCGGGCGGCGUCGUCGACUCGGAGGUGCAUAAACGGCGGGCGCCGAUCUGGACGUACGUCAAGAGUCGGGGUUUCUAUGCCGGGGUGCAGGUGGAUGGAACUAUUGUCAUCGAGCGCACCGACGAGAACGAGCGCUUCUACGGGCGGAGAGUCCCCGUCGCGGAGAUUCUCGCCGGCCAGGCUCGCUCGUCUUCCCCCUCGGUCCUCAUGUUGCAGGAGACGUUGCGUGCUGCCGAGGGG